AUGCGCCUAUCCCGCCCUUCAGCCCUCGCGGGUUUCCCUUCAACCCCCUUAAAACGUUUCUACUCUUCCUCGCGCACCAUUCAAAAAAACGACGUCCUCUUCCUUCGCCAACAGGGUCUUAAGGCCCCCAAAUGGCAUCUUACAUCCCCUCUUCGCGCCGAUACGAAAAUAAGACUUGGUUAUGGUGCCUCUAUCAAUUCGUCCGAGCUCAUUGGUCGUCAGGUGCUUGAUGUUCUGACUGAUACUUCGGGACGUCCUGUUACUCUUCAUGAACCGACUCUGGCUUCAUACAUCAUUAAUAGCCCGCGACAGGCCACACCGAUCUAUCCCCAUCAUGCAAAUACCAUUGUGUCCCUUCUCGAUUUAAACCUUUCCCGACCUGGUGAAGAAGAAAAUGGCGCAGAUCCCGAUCAUCCAACCCCGCCGUUUGAGAUAUUCGAAGCUGGUACUGGAAUGGGAAGCUUGACGCUACACCUCGCUCGAGCACUCCAUGCAGCAAACCCAGCUGUACCUCCUAGCCUGCGAAACACCCUCUGUACGGCACGCUACAGGACCGACGGUUUUGGUCUCGAUCUCGCCGAAGAGGACCAAGCUGCCCUCGACUCUUACCGGUCCAGUCGUCGCGCCGUGUUGCAUACCCUCGAUCGGAACGUUAAACACUCGCGCGCAGCACAUAAACUAAUAAGAUACUUCCGUCGCUCUCUAUACUUUCCUACUAUAGACUUUCAUGUCGGCUCCAUAGACGAGUAUAUCUCAUCCCGUUUGGCUGAGACGGAUGACCAGCCUUUCCUCUCACAUGCAAUCCUCGACCUCCCUUCCGCUCACGACCACGCUUCUCAAGUUAUUCAGGCCCUCCACCCCAACGGCCUUCUUGUCAUCUUCACACCCUCCAUUAGUCAAAUCGCCGACUUCCAAGCUUGGGUUGCUCGCACAGGCCAGCCCAUGCGCCCUGAAAGGGUCAUUGAGCUUGAAGUUUCGACAACGGCUGACGGUGUUCUUGAUACUGGUGGUGGCAAGGAGUGGGAUGUCAAGACCGUUAUUCCUAGAGAAAACCCUGAAGGCGCUGCAGUGCAGGUGAUGCGACCCAAGGUAGGUGAGCGAGUCACUGGUGGUGGGUUUGUAGCUGUUUUGAGGCGAUGGCCUGUUGAUCAAAUGCGCUCUCAAGUUGAGUCUUCCACGCAAGAGAGUACUUCUGAAGCUGAGGGUAACUCAGAGGUUGAAGAAACUACUCAAGCUGAGGAUUCGGCGGAGACUGAGCCAACGAAAACUGAAUGA